AUGGAGUCCGGGUCGCCUUAUGUGGAGAAGACACCGCCACAGAGUGUCCCUGGGGACUCGGCCGAUACCCCAGCCCAAGACAGCAGCAAGAGGAAAGCGGAACAGGGCAACGGAACGCAAACGCGCGCAAAGCGGAAUCGCUACAUCUCCAUUGCAUGCAACGAAUGCAAGCGCCGCAAGAUCAAAUGCAAUGGACAAGUUCCUUGCCAGCGAUGCGGUCACCUCAAUCUCGAAUGUCGAUAUGCACCCAAUUGCUGCAACAACAAUUUCAAAGACUCGGAAGAACUUCGUUCCAUCACGUCACAGAUUAAAGCAUUGCAGGAGCAAGUCAACAGCCUUGUCAGUAAUUUGCAGGAGCUGCGAAGUCAAAAGUCUAAUUUUGAAUCUCCUCCAUUUGACCCUCUUGCUCGGGAUGGGUCCCAUUCUGUCUUCACUCCGCUACCCACAGGACCGCCCAGAGUGCGGCCGCACCAUCCACGAUUCCAAGGCCCGACCAGUUCGGCCUUUAAUUUCGAUGUCGCCAAAUCCAGUCUACAGAGCAUGGGAAUCGCUCCCGAAAAUGAGACGCCUGACGAUUUGACUACUGCUCAUGUCACCCCAGCUGGAUCGCCGCCGUCACUUCAUGCAGGUCCCUUGAUAAAUGCCAUCCACCCGACUAAAGACCCGAUCUGGUCUAUCCAUCGGGAUGAAGCAAUGCGUCUCUGCAAAGUCUACGAGGAGGAAAUAGGCAUCAUGUAUCCCUUGGUGGACAUAUCUACCGUUACUAACCAAGCUAAUCUCCUUUACACCUUCAUGGAAGCCGCUACGCGAACUGGAUUUGCUCAGCGAGGUCUCCCAGGCACGGAUGGCCUCAAUGAUGACAGUUCCGUUUUACUCAAACUCAUCCUCGCUACGACACUCGUCGUUGAAGGUGGGGGCCAAAGUGAUCUCGGUCAGCGACUAUUUUUGUCUGUCAAGCCAGUCAUCGAAUCGAAGCUCUGGGAACCUCAUGAUGUCAAAAACAUCCAGCUCUUUGCCAUUGUGGCCACCUAUCAUUUCCAUACCGACGAUGAUGCCAUGGCCUAUCGGCUAAUUGGUCUGGCGGCAAGAAUGUGCUUGGAGUUAGGGCUUCAUCGGCGGGAUGCUCUCAUGAAAUCGUUCCCCAAUGAAGAUCAAUGGAACUUAAUCAUUCGAGUCUUCUGGACCGUAUACAGUCUGGAUCGGCGGUGGAGCCUGGGCACAGGGUUGCCUUUUGUGAUCCAAGACGAGGAUAUUGACCCAAAUCUUCCCGAACCCACUUCCGACCUCCCUUACUUAAGAUGCAUGAUCUCGUACAAUCGAAUAAGUUCCAAGAUUUGGUACUCUGGCCUCGGCUCUGAAGGCACCACGGAUAUUCGACGAGACGAGAUUGGCUAUUUGGACUACCAAGUUUUGCAGUGGUACAAACAAGUGCCGGAUGAACUCAAGUUCUAUCCCGUGGAAUCUCCGAAGAAUGGGGAGACAGCUAGCCGAGGAAUUCGGCGUCUUCGGGUCCUGCUCUACCUGCGGAUGAAUCAACUGCGGAUCUUGAUUUAUCGACCCGUCCUACACUCUGCUGCAAGCAUUGGGGAAGACCGUGGUCAUGCCCAAACAGUCGUUGAUAUUGCGAAGGAUACGGUGCGGGUGCUCACCCGUCUAAAUCAGAUGUCCGACAUAUACCGCACCCAACAAAUUACAUUUAAUUAUUUCCUGGUGGCAGCUCUUGCCGUACUGUUCCUUGCAGUCUGUCAUGCACCAGGCGAGUUUAAUCGUCAGGUCCGUGAUGAGUUUUACAUGGCCUUAGAUCUCAUCAAUGGAUUCAGCACCCGGUCAUAUGUAUCCAAGCGCCUAUGGAAGACGAUCAAGGGUCUUCGGAAGAUUGGAGAAAAGUUAGGGGUCAUCGCCCGUGCUUAUUCGGGAUCGGACGAUCCCCAUUCUUCAGCUGCUGUGGCUAUGGCUGGCCUUGCUGGACACUCCAUCAAUGACCUUGCCGUUUACGGGCCUAUGAACGGAGUCAAUGAUCUUGGGAACAGUCCGUUGAAUGGCUUGCAAAUGAGCCAUGAGCUCACGAAUCUAUUCGAGGCAGUUGGGUCCUUCAACAACUUCAUGCCAGGCGCAAGUGGCCCUGGUAGUAUGAAUGGGUUUGGAAGUGGUGAAGGCGAGAUCCAUAAUACUGGAGAAGGCCUUUCUGGCAUUCUUGGAGGGGAAGAGGAGUUCUCAAGGGUUAUUCGAGAUUUAUUCUAG